CAGGAAACGAUAAGAACGUCUCCCUUGUGACGUCACAAGUAGCGGGGUAUUUGCAAACACGAAAUAUUGCAAGCAGGAGCCAUUUCAAAACAAACGACAAUGAAGAAAGAUGGCUCAUCACUGGUCAGAAGACAACUGGAUUUCCGUGAGAAAAUAUUGACAAAAACAACAUUUUAUAUCGAUAUCAGAGAAGACGAUUUAAAGAAACGAAUAUCACGCAGAAUCCGGGACCUUGGAGGACAAGUCGAAGGUUUUCUUUCCAAAGAUGUCCAUAUUUUAUUGACUGAUUCAAACAACACAUCCCAGAAAAUUGGUCCAAGUGCAUCACUGACGCCAAGUCCAGAUCCAGAAACCAAAAUUACCGUUCCACUCAGUAGAGGUAAAGCACUGUUGCUGAAAGCUACAAAGCAGUCCUCCUCCUGUCAGCAGUCAGCGCAGGGAGCAGACAUCGUCCAGAACGCCCUCAAUCUAGGUGUGAAAGUAGAGAAGGCCAAAGACUUUCUGAAAUCUACACACAAAUACGCUCAGAAACUGAAGCAGGUUAAGGCCCUGCAGUCAGAUAGUAUUGAUGGAAUCACACCACUGCAGUGGAAGAACUCUGAUAAAGAAAACUUCAGUGUGUUAAAGGUUGAGGAUGAUAGGAAGGUUUUUAGACCUUUCCUCAAACAUUUCAAAGACAGUUUUCCGAAAAUACGGUACAAUGAUGACCUUGCCUCCCCAUUUGACAAAGGAGUUAUGUUGUGUAGAACAGUUGAAAAUAAGACAAAGAAUCGAUACUCUACAAAAGGGAAGUCUACUGUGGCCAAAGGCAAAGGUGGCUUCUGUGAGGCGUGUGACUACUGGUACAGGUGCUCCUUACGGGAACACCUCAACAGCAUGAAGCACCAGAAGUUCGUUCAGACAAACAAAAACUUUAUAGAACUUGAUCAAAUAAUUAACAAAAUGCCAAACAUCAAAGAUUUCAUGUCAAAAUUUAAUCUUGAUUAUGAGAGAUCUGCAGAAAUCAAACCAAAUCUAGUCUUAACAGAAAAAUUGGCUACAAAACCUUCUACCGAAGGAUGUGGUGUUGACAACUGUAAAAUUACUGUAGAAACCUGUGAAAUUCCAAUGGAAAUGUCUGCUUCACCUAGAUGUGUACCUGUGAAUCAUGAUAAGGAAUCAGUAUUAUCUAACUGUGAAAUAGUUGUCAGUCCUGUCCCAGAACUGGGGAACAUCAAAUGUGAUGGGGACAUGUCCAUGGAAGUAGAUGUUUCCACUUCUAAGUACCCAUUUGAUGAGUGUAGUAGGGACUCGGGAACAGGGCCAGAAAUUCAAGAGGACAUUUCUAUUCCAUGUGAUUUUAUCCAAACUGUGUGUAGUAACAGAGACACUGGACAUAUAACUGAUGAAGAUUCAGCAUUCCAACAUGAUCAGACCUCCAACACCAUCCCUGGUAGUGAAAUAACCACAGGCAGUGUCCUACCCAAUUCCACUUUAUCUCAGAGCAUGGGUUCCUUCAUUGGUCCCAGUAUAGACAGUGAUAAUGCUGUGUUCCUGGAUCUCACUGUGAAGAAAAACAACAUCCCAGUUCAAGAAGUAACGUCAAAUGUCAGGAAAAAGUUGUCUGCCAUUGUGAUAGCAGAUAACAAUGGCGCCCAGUCAGAAGGUUGCCAUAUCAACCAUUUUAACAUUGAAAAUAAAGAGAAUAUUGAUAAUAGUGUGAGAGAACCUUCAUCUUUCUCUUUUGCAGGAGUAGACAGUUUAUUGUUGACUUCACCAGCAGGCCAUAACACUUCACCCAAGUUAGCAGCAUCUGGAGUCAAACUAGACUUUGCAAAUAUUGCAGCAGGCUGGAUGAAAGAUAUGUCCCAAACUCCGGGGCAACAGAACCCAGAGACAUCGACAACUUCUUGUAAAAAGAAAAGAUCAACGAAAAAGUCAAAGAAACAUUCAUCAAUGUCAAAAAGAAAGAAGAAAUUAAAAAAGAAAUCUGAGGUCAGUAAAGAAAGUGGCUGGCCAUUUUCUCUUUUUAGCACCAAUCCUAACGAGAGUUCUGAGUCCGACUUGGAACUACCACAACUACCAGUAAUGAAUAGCAAUCUUGCCAAACAGAGACUAAUAGAGAAAGAAAGGAAGCUGCAAAGUUCUCCAAUUCAGUUCUGUUCAAGACAGAUGCAGGAUCAGAGAACAUCAAGCACUUGUACCAAAAAACGUGUUAACCAUCACCACCGUAAGUCAUUGGGUAUUAAGCGUCUAAGCAAUAGUCCAUCCUUCUCACUAUCUGAAGGAUUACGUAACAUUCAGACCAAAAUGCCUCAGUACUUCAGUGACAAAUUGCCGUGCAGUGUAACACCUACACAUAUUCCCAUGGUACUGGACUCGGAACCUCCUCAACUUUCACACUUCAGGUGUAUUGAAGUUCAGCAGAAGGCUCGCCCACAGUCUUGUCCUGUCCUGUCGCCAAUGCCAUCUUCAAACACUGUUUAUGCCCAAGAUGAAAGCCUGUCUAGUCGAGUUCUUGAUUCACAAAGCAGUUGGCAGGUGGAUUCUUACAGUCAAACUUUACCAUACAUGCAGUCUUUGGACAGUAGUCAAAUUCAAGGAACUCCCAAGGGAUCAAAAUUAGAAUCAGAGAACUUUAGAACACCAACAAACCAGGAGCUUGAUGAUUCUGGGACAGAAGAAUAUUAUAAUACUCCAACAGAUCAAGUGUCCUUGUUACAAUGUGAUACCAAAAACUCCCCACUUGUGUGUAAACAGAAUGUUCACAAGAAAUUUGGAACACCUCAGCAAUGUGAUAACCAGCUGUCUGAGUAUGAUUCUGACACAGAAGCCUAUAUGCCAUACUCUCCAGAGUGUCCCGUCCUAGAGCUUGAGCAGCAGGAUUCAAGCCAAGCUACGAUAAUACCUCUUUUAUGUGAAGGUGGUCAUGCUGCUAAAAUUUACUCGGACAAAUCAGAUUCUUUUGAUAAAAAUGAUGCAAAAGAUGGAUUGGAGAGGCAAGCAUCAAACACCCACAUAGGAAUGUCUAACUGCACCAAUACGUUUACAUACAAAACUGGUUCUGAAGUAAAGUCCUGUUCCGAGCUUUCCUUCUCUGUAGAUUCUAUCCUAUCAGGGCGAACAGGUAAGAAGAGAACUCUAAGUGUGAAUGGAGAUUCAGAAGGUGGUUUAGCAUCCCCCUCCUCAGCUCUGUACAUUAAUAAAGACGUGAUUGAACAACCAAUGCAAGAACUUCAAGAUUUUACGCCAACAACAGAGAAAAAGAAACGAAAGAGGAAACGACAUGUCAGCAAAAAGGACAAGGGCGCUGGAUGUCAGUACUACGCGUGUCCACAAGAAGGCACAAAGAUAAAACUCUGUCGUGUGAUUGUCACCCCUAUGGAACAGAAAAAUAACCUCAAAACGUUUUGGAAAGUGACAAAAGCGGGGAGUUGUCGUUUGGUCUUCAGUGCAGAGAAGAACAAAGGGAAUAAUGAUUCAAAAGUUAGGAAAAGGGAUAGUUCUGAUGAUCAGGUACAAGGCAGUAAGAGACGAAAACUGGUGUAUUGAUAUUUUUACCUGGUAAAACUUAUCAAUCAUCAUUUGUGUAUAUAAAGAGUGAGGAAGGAUAUUUAUUUUACUACAAAAUGUAUAUUUACUGAUCUCAUUGUAGAUUGCUCAUAUGAUUUGUGUAAAAAUUUUACAUUGUAUUUUUUAUAAGAAUUUUGUGCGACAACUUUUUUAUAUGCAUUUACAGUUGUUUAACAUUUUUACAUACAAUGUUAUGUGUAAGUGUCCGAAUUUCAUACAAAAUUGACAUUUAUUUGUGUUCACAAAUUAACAUUUAUGAUGUAUGUAAUUGGUCAGAAACUCUACGUUGACUUUAUUGUUAUGAUUAAACAAAAGUUCAACAGGAGAAGUGGGAAGCAGUUUAUGAGCAACUCCAUCACCCAAAUUCAAAAUAAAGGAACAACAUGAAUUGACAUAAACAGUUAACCAGGGACAUAAUUAAAAUAUUUACCUUACAGCACUGUAUCAGCACUGUAAGACUUUUUCUUCUGGAUUCAAUAAGUUGCUAUGAUAUCUAGAGAGAACAAUUGAUCAUUUUGAUUUAACUGCAUGCCUUUGUAACAUUGAUUGACAAAUCCCAAAUGUGCAUUUCCAAGUGAUUGCCAUCACAAUAUGCACUGUAUUUGGCAGCAUUGACGGUGUAUUAGAUUGUGUAUGGGUAUACCGUAUAUAUUGUAAAGCACAUUGAAGUGUUCUAGCUAAAAAUGGCGCUACCAAAUGUUGUAUAAAGAUACACAACAUGCAUAUUUUGGGAUUUGCUGAACAAAGUUGCAGUCUUGUAGAUAAAGUAAAUGGUUGUAGGAUGCCGUAAUACAUAUGUCACUCUGGUAAAAUACUAGCUGCUUCCUACCGUCUAGGCUAGGGAGAAUUUCUCUUUAGCUCAUUCGGUAGAGCGUAAG